UUGGACGAGUUUGAUCUAAGAGUCUGAACAUAAAUAUUCUGCGUAUAUUUUCUCAAUGAAUACUCUGAUAUUUUCUCAACAGCUACGAUGAUAUCAUCGUGUCUCAGGCAGAGCGUAUGUUGGCAGAAUUCGAAAAGACCAACGGCCAGAGCUUCGAUCCGAGGGACCUCAUACAUAAGACUAUUGGAAACGUGGUCAUGAAGAUCCUUACAGGGGUGACAUACGACUACGAUGAUUUGGAAUUCUCCCGAGUCAUGACGAACACGGUUCGUGUCUUUACCCUGCUCGGUGAAGCGGGAAUCCUGGCCUCGAUCCCAGCUCUCGCUGCCAUCCCGUCUCCUACAAAAUGGAAGAUCAUCAAGGCAUGGGAAGAGAUCUAUGGCUUCCUCAAGGAAAUCAUUGAAAGACGCAAAGCCAGGUUUGACACGAAUCAAAAGGCGACUGACUUCAUGGGAAGCUUUGUGAAGGCAAUGUGUGCAAAAGGAACAGAGAUUGGUCCAGCUUCCUGCGACGAAAUCAACCUAAUGGUGUCCUCCUUCGACCUGCUUCUUGCAGGAUGGGACACGAUCUCCACCACCCUUGCCUGGGGCUUGCACACAUUGGCUUCCUACCCUGAGGCUCAACGUCGAGUUCAUCAAGAAAUCAAAGACGUCAUCGGCCUUGAUCGCCUUCCGCAGUUCUCCGACCACCACAGCAUGCCCGUGACGAUGGCGACCAUCGCUGAGUGCAUGCGUUUCCGACCCACCUUAGCGGUGCACAUCCCUCACGUGGCUACACAGGAUUGCAAGAUUGGAGGGUAUGACAUUCCCAAAGGCGGACAGAUCACUCUCAACAUGUGGUACCUCGCCCAGAGCCCCAACAUCUGGAAAGAGCCGCAAGAGUUCAAACCUGACAGAUUCUUGAACGAAGACGGGGAGUUUGAUCGGAAAAUCGACCCACUAUCGUUCGGAACAGGUCGACGGGUUUGUCCUGGAGAGCCACUGGCAAGAACUGAGAUAUUCCUCUGCCUCACGUACCUUCUCCAGCGUUUUACCUUCAGUUUGUCCGAGGGCACCCUGAAGAAUCUACCAACCCAUUUCAGUCUUACCAAUCAACCGAAAGCUUACCAGAUUCACGCUGUCAAGAUCGCGUAAGGCUGCCAGCAAAGUCCAGAGGUACCCGGAAAAGGCUUUUUAUUGGCAUCCUGUUACCGUCCUAGCCAGGGGCGGUAUCCUGACAUUCAUUUCAUCUUAGAUAAAAUCUGAGAUUUGAGCUCAGUGACAUAAUGUACCCUUCAAACUUUUUUUUGAAUCUCUAAUCUGAGAACUACUUUAUCUUGAUUUUAUCUCACUGAGACAUUUGUGAUGCGACAUCC